AUGUUGGUGGCGGCAGGCAAUGCUGGCCGAGCCGACAUCCUGCAUCGUUCGCUCGAAUUGAUCGACCAGAGCGCAGAUGCCAACACUCGGGGCAUCUUGCUGAUUCUACUCGCUCAGUUCAUUCGACUCAACGACAUCAAGGCCCUGCAGCACCUGAUCGAGCGAUUGGCCGUCAUCGAUGAGCAAGGCGAGGCCGGCAUGGCUAAGGCGCAGCGCGCUGGACAGCAACAGCACAGUCCGGCCGAGGACAAGGAGACAGCCAGCGAGGUGGAUGACGUGCUCUACGCGCUGCACGAGGAGAUGGAGGAGGAGGGUUCAACCCUGCUCGCUCGACCCUACGCCUACUAUGGGGCCUAUCGCGCCCUGUUGGCCGAGCACGCCCGCACCCUGGACGCCCCGGCCAUCAUUCACACGCUCGACCUGCUCAACCGCUCCGCGACCAAGGCCGAUGCGUCGAUGCGAGCCCUGGUGCGAGGGGUGUUGGAGAAGGUUGGCGUGCGUCCGUUCCUCACCGCCCUCCAGCACCGAGGACCACAACGUCCAGCUGGCGACACUACCACGCCGACCACGCCGACACCACAACGCUCCGGAAGCGCCUACCAGCCGCACCCGGACACGCUCGGUUUCCUUGUGCGCUGCAUGUCGGCGAUGGUGUCAGAGGGUACGCUGACCCCGCAGGUGCUGCCUGAUGCCUAUCGGCUGGCAACCCUCGCUACCCAGCUCUUGAAGAAGUCCGCCGGCCACGGAGCCAGCAACGUCGGUGGCUACCGCUCCCUGCUCCAGUUCUACCGCGCGGCCGGAGUGAAACCCGCGAUCGAAGUCCUGCUCACUCAGUUUGACCAACACCAAGUGGUCGUGACCACUACCAUCAUGGACCUUGCCUUACCCGGCCUUCGGCUCGCACAGCUGGAUCGAGUGCUCAAGGCGCUACGAGAGAAGAAGAACCCUGUCAAGCCGUCGCCGGCCCACUACAUGCGGAUCGCCCAGGCCAUCCACUUCCAAGAGACCAUCCCGGACUUCCUCAACAUGUUUGUGGGCAACUACAAUGCCGAUCACCCCGGUCGAGAGCUCGAGGUGUUCGUAAUCAACCGCGCGUUGCUGUCCUAUUGCAAAGCGCUGCACCUGGGCAAGGCGACGGCCAUCUUCAACCUUAUGCACCCUCACCCCACCAGGCUCUCCUACAGCACACACACCGAGGUACCACCCUAA